GUUGUGAUAAACUUAUUAAAUAGAUAGUUGAUGAUUAGUUAGUAGUUUUUUCUUAAGUUAUUACCAAUUAUGAACAGAAAACUGUUAAUCCUGAUUGGAAUCACAGUCCAAACUGCGGCACAUAUUCUAACUGUGAGAUACACGCGGUCUCAGUCGGGUGAACUGGCACUGACUAGCUCCAUGGUCACUAUGUGUGAAAUACUGAAGUUGACCGUCUGUUUAGCAAUCAUAUUAGCCCAGUGUAACUUGAACCCCGUUGCCUUUGUGUCCAGAGUGAAACGAGAGUGUUUCUCCAGCUGGAAUGACUUUGCAGUUCUGAUGGUGCCUGGGCUGCUGUACACAUUCCAGAACAAUCUUCUCUUCAUUUCACUGUCCAAUUUACCGGCUGCCACUUACCAGGUGCUAUACCAGUUGAAACUGCUCACCACUGCCCUCUUUUCCUUCCUCAUGCUGGGUAAGAAGUUCACCCCAUUCCAGAUAGCUGCCUUGCUGGUCCUCUUCCUCGGACUGGCUCUGGUGGAGUCGGACAAGAGUGAAGAGAAGGUAGUGGGGAGGGAGGGGCAGAAUCAAGUGUUGGGAGUGGUCACUGUUGUCCUGUCUAGUUUAAGCUCAGGCUUUGCUGGAGUUUGGUUUGAGCGCCUAGUGAAAGGCAAAAUGUCCAAAGUCAAAUCAAUCUGGUGCGCCAACAUACAACUGGCUCUCAUAGGAGUUGUUUUUGGCACGUUAACUGGCGUUGUUUACGACGGAGCUGAAAUUUUGGAGAAAGGUUUCCUAAAGGGAUUUUCACCAGCUGUAUGGCUUGCAGUGCUCUUGCAAGGUCUCGGAGGUCUCUUAGUUUCCAUGGUCGUCAAGUAUGCAGAUAGUAUUCUAAAGGCAUUUGCAUGUGCUGCUGCGAUAUUAGUUGCCUGUAUUGGUGCAAUGUUUUUGUUCGACUUCCAAAUUACAAGUCAGUUUAUUCUCGGAACUGUUUUUGUUAUCGGAUCUAUAGUAAUGUAUUCAUGGUCGCCAUCAUGGAGCUCGAAAUCAAAAAGCGAAGCAGAGGAGAAAAAAGAAACUUGAAAAGAGUAAUCCAGACUGCUAUAAUAAAUUGCAAAAUUCCAACCGAAAAAACACGCAGAAUUAAUUCAAAAAAGAGCAAAAAAUUUAAAUAGGAAAAUUCAAGCAUACAAAAGCUAAUACUUCAGACAAAAUUGAUGCCUCAAUAUGUCCGAAAUUUCAAACUUGAUUGUGAAAUUUGGUCGAAAUUGCCAGAUUGCUCUUUUUUCAUUAAAUUGUUGGUCUCUGUAAAUUGUAACAAGAUUAUCUUUAACCCUUCUAUUGAAAGAAAUCAUAUCUUGUCAUCGUAGUUUAAUAACUCCGCAAAGUGUCAUUUUUGCACAACAAUAUAUUUUAACAAACAAGACAUUGAUGAAAUUAAGAUUGUCAUUUGUCAUAAGUAACUCAUUGAAGUUUACAGUUUUGAUAUUCGAAUAAUAUAUCUGGAUACCGCAAAGCAAUGGUUUUCAGAAAAAUAACUGCGACAACUCGCAGCAAAAGAAAACUCGUAACCAAAGACCACUCGCAAAAUUUAAUGAAAGCGACAACUUGCAAAGUUUGGAAGUUAAUUUAUAACCUGAGAAAUCAGUUUUAAGAUCCACCGGUUUUGGUGGUCGCUACGCGCGCGUCGCAGUUUCGCGGCGAUAACUGGCUCUAAAUUUCGUAUAAAGUCCUAACAUCUGUUCGUAAGCUCGCAACUGGAUGGCGUCAUUGCGUCGGCGAGUAUAUUGCAAGUUGUCUUUUAAUGCGAGUUGUUUUUUAUUACGAAUUGUCUUUUGUCGCGAGUUGUCGCAUUACGGUUUUGAAAAUGAGAAUGAAAUUAUUUUCAAUCUAAGUGCUUAAUUGAGUUGAACUUUAACAAUCAUUGAGUUUCAUUUCUAUUUUGUCUUAUGUACUCAGUUCUAAAAAUUAACAGCUUAUAGUUA